ACAGGAAAAUCAUGGUCCAAGCAUUUUUUUUUAUUUUGGCUAUAUAAUUGCAUAUUUUUAUUUAUUUAAACAUAUAAUAUAAAAACCUGUUAUUUAAGGAGCCAAGCUUAAUCAAUAUUUAGAUUCAUAAUCAUUUCAUAAAUUCGGUAUAAAAGCCACUAAAAACAGUCCUCUGUUAUGUCCUAAUUCCGGAUCGAGUAUGAUUCGAUACGGUUUUUAUUAGUUGUAUUUAAAAAUGUAAAAUCUUAUGACUCUAUAAACAUAAAGAAUAUCGAAUGCAUGUAAACAAAAAACAAUUAUAAUUUUAGAAUUUUUUUUUGUACUAAAAACUAUUGUUCGAAUUUUGUCCAUACAUUUUUUGAACAGUCCUCUGUCACAAUUUGAAUAACGCGCCACAAAAAUAUUAAACACUAUUCUAGUUACAUUUUCCUUGAAACCGAACGUUAACAGUGUGAAGUUUGCUCGGUCGCCAUGCUAAUCAAGUCGCCGCCAUUUUUGCGCAGUGACAACUCCGCGUCUAUGUGGGAGCCACGUGUCUGUAGUGUCGAGUGAACAUUCCUCUGUAUUGCCGCAAUGCCACCAAAGAAGAAACCUAAAACCAAAGAAGAAAUAAAAGAGCAGAAACGAAUUGCAGAAAGAUUAAGAUAUCAACGGCUAAAAAAUGACCCUGUAAAAAGAGAGCAAUUGAAGGAAAAAGAACGACGAAACUACCAAAGAAAAAAGGAAAAAGGUACAAGAAAGUCAGUUAAAGAUAUGAGUCGACGUGAACACAAAGCUGUGACUAAAGAAUGGAGAAAACACUGUGCUAAAUAUCGCGCAAAAAAAAAAGCCUUGAAAGAAAUUACAAACAAUUUUGUACGACAAAAUACGCCGGAAUCCGAUUGUUCACCUUCUCCUCAACGUUCUGUCUCUCCAUCAAUACUACAUGUGACCACUUCACGAAAUGUGAGAAAGCGUAAUGCUAGAAAGAAACGUGACAAAAUUAUAAAGGAUAAAGACAAAAAGAUCGAGUAUUACAAAAGAAAAUCCGAGAAGUAUCGGAAGAGAUUAGAACGUUUGGAAAAAUCUAAGACAAAGGAAGACACACCUAACACUAAACUGACCAAAAUGUGUGAUUCGCCAGAAACUCGCAGAGAAGUAAUCAAAAAGGCGUUAUUCGGUGAAGUGUUGAAUGUACAGCUGAAAGAAAACUACGCUAAUUUAAAAACCUGCAAAGAAAAACAAAUAUUCGGAAAAGUCGUGUCCGGUAAACUAAUACACAAGUACAAGUUAUGGCGAAACAAAGAUAGUGCUAUAUCUUAUAAAACAAUUCAGAAGUCAGCGCGUCAAUCAGUUUUAGUACCCAAGCUUCGGACUCGUAAAGACAAAAUUUCAUCUUAUUGCAUAAACACUGUACGAACCUUCUAUGAAAAUGAUGACAACAGCAGACUUGGCGCAGGAAAACGAGAAUGCCUGACCAGAAAAGGGGUUAAAAAACAGAAAAGAUAUCUAUCGGAUAGCAUCGCAAAUUUACACAAGAAGUUUCAAGCUGAUCAUUUUAAAAUAAGCUACACAACGUUUUGUCGUCUACGUCCUUUCUGGGUCAUAACACCAAAUGUAAACGAACGUGAUACGUGCCUCUGCAUAAAGCACGCGAACAUCAAUCUGAAACUGUCAGCAUUGCACAGGCGAAGAAUUUUGACUUACAAUAGUCACACUGCACUGCUUGAAAAGACAUGUUGUAAUCGCCAUGAUGAGCUAUGUUUGUCACGAACCUGCCAACACUGUAUUGACAAGAAUCCUGACUACAGGGAGUUUAAUGACAGCAAAACUAUUGAAUUUAAAAAAUGGAUAUCCGAGAAACAAACUUACAACGACCCCAAGACCAAGAAUGCUCGAACAGUUACCAAAUAUCUAAAGAAAACGUUCACGGUUCGCCCACGAGAACUAAUAGAAGAGCUGCACGAGGAUUUGGAAGCCUAUUAUCAACAUGAGAGAAACAUUACGCAUCAAUACAAUGCUAUCAAGAAAUACAAACAAAACCUUACCGACGAAGACGCUAUCAUACAUAUGGAUUUUUCAGAAAAUUAUUGUUCCAAAUACGGUCAAGAAAUACAAGCAUUUCAUUUUGGAGGGUCGAGACUUCAGCUAAGUCUUCAUACUGUGGUAGUAUAUACCAAAAAUUCUAUCAAGUCUUAUUGUACCGUUUCCAAAAAUCUUACACAUUUACCAGCUGCUAUAUGGGCACAUUUGCGGCCAAUCUUCAAAACUCUCCCACCUAACAUAAAGAGCAUCCACUUCGUCAGCGAUGGACCCGUAACUCAAUACAGAAACAAAACGAUGUUUUACAUUCUGGCAUCAAGGCUUCAACAAGAAGUUUUAAAUCUGAAGAAGUUUACGUGGAACUAUUCAGAAAGCGGUCAUGGCAAAGGGGCCCCUGAUGGCAUUGGAGCGACCUGCAAGAGAACCGCUGAUGCCGUCGUCGCUACAGGAGGUGAUAUUGAUAGCUUGGAAUCAUUUGUAGAGGCCAUUCAACGAAGAUGUUCCGCAAUUACCUUGUUCACAAUCGACGAUAAAGCCAUCCAAGAAUUGACAGAUGACCUUCAAAAUGAAACUGUUAAUUUAAAAAGCUUUAAUGGCACUCUAAAAAUACAUCAAGUAAAGGCUGAAAUAAUAAGAAGUCCUUUGGAAUCAGUUUCAAGUGCCGCUAAACUCAUAAUGAAAAGUUUAAGUUGCACUUGUGAAGACGAGUGCCAGCAUUUCAAUUUAGGAGUGUUACAGUAUAAAAACAAGAAAAAAAUUAACGUAGAUGAUAUUUACACAGACUCUGAAAGUGAAAACAUGGACAACUCACAGGAUUCCACAAAAGAGAUCAACGGCGACGCUGCAGUGGCUGGACCUAGUUCAAUCAACCAACAGAAUUUCACUAUCGGUGAUUACGUCUUGGUUAAAUUUCUAGUAAGAAACACUGAAUAUUAUUAUGCUGCAGUAAUCAAUAAGAUAGACAUGGAAGAAGGGGAACUAACAGUAACCUUCUUAAAAAUUUGUGAUGACAAAGGACACACAUUUAGAGUCGAUGAAAAUGAUGUUUCUGAUGUGUCCUUUGACCAAGUAUUAAAGAAGUUGCCAAACCCAGAUAUUACCCUAAAAGGGAAACGAAUAUUUUAUUAUUUUAAUAUACCUGUACCUGUUUUUGAGAAAUAAGUCUGCAUUGAUAAGUAAAGGCUGAUUCUUAGUACCUAAGUUUAAUUUUGAUUAUAAUUAUUUUAAUUCGUUACUUAGAGAGCUAAACUCGCAAUUUGUUCCUGAUAAAUAUAAGUAUUUAAAUUCUGUAUGUGAUACAGUAUUCAAUAAAGAAGAGAAUUCAUUUGAUUACAUUUAAUAAUUAAUAUUGUGUUUUUCUUUAUAUAAACAUUGACAUAAAUUGUUCUCUGGGUGGAAAAAACAGUCCUCUGUGUGGCAAAACAAUCCUCUGCCGCAUUUUUUUACAAAAUUGCCUAUAAUUCGAAAAAUAAGGGAAAAUUACAAUGGUUUCUUGUUUAUAUGUAUUUAUAUUAUAACUAUCCACCGACUUAACAUAUUAUAUUUUUAAUUUUCUAGAAAAAUAGGGUUAGGACAACUUUCUAUAGACAAGUUUCCAGUUAGUAGAUAAAGGCCC